AUGGCUGCCGAGCAGCAGCAGCAGAAAGAGUUUUCUCAAGCGCAGAAAGAGGCAGAGGAGCGACAGCGCGAGGCGGAGGAGGAUCGACUUCGACAAGAGCAGGAGCAAAGAGAAGCUAAAGAACUCGCACAGAUGGCCACGGAAGAACGGCUGCAACGCGAACGUGUGCAGGCAGAAGAAGCGCCGCGACGGAUGGAGGCGCAGAAAGAGAAAGAGGAGAGACAGCGCAGGGCGCAGCGGAGAGAAGAGGUAAAAAGCAAGCGACACGCGGCCAUUGAGGCACAAAGACACAAAAAAACAGCCCAGUCGGAGGCGGCCAAGGCCGCAAAAAGCACCCGAGCUCCGUCUCCUCCAGCAAAGGUCCUCGCCGUGGCUUGCCCUUCCGCCCAAGAACCGGACCUUCCUCCAGUCAGCCUUGCGCCAUUGGUCCUGCACCUUCUGGAGCGCGUCGAGGCCGACAACUCACGGGAAGUGCACGUGGAAAAGGACAACGCGCCCGAAAAAGCAGCCGAGUUGCAAGCAAAAAGCGGGAACGGCCCCGACGCUCCUUGGGUGCGCGGGCCGAACCGCCACCCGCCAGCCGCCACGUCCGAGUGGUGGGGCUGGUGUGACUGGGACUCCGACUGGAGUUCCCAGUGGGACUGGAGGACCUCCCAGCAGGAGGAGGCCUCUUCCAGUCAGGCACCAGAAGGUGCCAAGGGGAGCGGAGCCGCUGAAGCUCCAGCUCGACCGCGCCGCCCUCUCAUAGGCGAGCGCACCGAAGCCCCGAACCAAAACCGGGGCAGAACAGCCGAGCCCGAAAAGGGCAAAGGCAAAACCGGCCCGAGUGCGGGCCGCCCCGCCUCGGAGUCGGGGAGCCGAACCCCCCGUCGCGGGGAAAAGGGAGCAGGGAAGCCCACCAAGGGCAAGCCUGCCAAGGGAGCUGCGCAGCCCGCAAAGGGCAAGGCAGCCCAAGCUAAGGGAGCAGAGCAGCCCGCAAAGGGCAAGCCAGCUCCAGCAGGCAAGUCCGGCAAGGGCAAGCCUGCGACCCAAGAACCUGAGCAGGGUUCUGGGAAAAAGAAGAACCACCGAGGUGGUCGUUCCCAAGCGGCCCGCGCCAACCGCGAGGCCCGCGGCGCCGAAAGGCGCGAAAGAGAGGGUACAGACCCGGUCGUCCUCGUAGAGGGCCCGGGGACUGAUAUCCCAGAGCCGCGCACUCCGGAGCAAGCUCCUGCGGGUGCCGGCCAGGAGAUUCAGAGCCCGAGCUCGGAAUCCUCCUUGGACACCGCGCCGGUGCCCAAGGCGCCAGUCUUCACAGGCCCCGCGCCUGGCGAGGACACUCCAGACUUCGGGGGAAGCAACUCCGAAGGAGAGCGGGAAACCCCGCCCGCUGCUGCUGCAGCUUCUUCCUCUAGUGGGGUUGCCCCUGCUAAGAAGGAAGAGCCGGCAGAGCGGGUUGCCCCGCCUGCCUCCGAAGAGGCGGCCGCAGAGCCAGCCGAGGAGGCAAAACCAGAAGCCUCACCUAAGGCUGCGCCCAAAGCAGCCGAGGCAAAGGAAGAGAGCUCUGUGAGCCCCAGCACCGAAGCUGGGCAGGAGCAAGCAGCCCCGGCGAGUGGACCCACAGAGGCCACCCCGGAGGCAGAGCCGAAGGCCCUACCAAGAGGUGCUCCGGCAGCCAAAGCACCGACGGUGAAGGAAGCUCCGGAGCAGCAGCAAGAGCCCACCUCGCCGGCUGACGAAGGUGAGGGAGAGGAGUCCGAAGAGGAGAGCUCCGAGGGCCAAGGGCUGGCAGAGCAGUACGGAGAAGCCUUGACCUUGCUGGACGAGAUCAGCCAGGCUAUCUUCGCUGCGAUUGGCGAGUUGUCGGCCCAGAGACAACAGGGCCUAGCUGCAGCAGCCGCUACGGCGGCAGUCGCCACGGCGGCACCCGCCCCUGCGUUGCAGGCGAGCGGUGGAGGGCACUUGCUCAAGAGCAUGCGUCUCCCUACCUCCCUUAAGGGGCGAGACGACUGGGAGCGCUUUGCCUUUCAGGCAGAGUCUUACCUGGCGGUCGUGGACACCAGGUAUCCAGCAGAGCUGGAAAUAGCUCGAAAGUGCAAGGCGCCACUCCAAAUGGCAGCCAUGACCGAGGAAGUGCGGACCCUCAGCGUCCGCCUCUUCGGCAUGCUGGGCAGUUGGACCCAGGACUCCGCCACAGCUGUAAAGCUGGCGCGCGGAGUGAAGGGCCAGAAUGGGUUCGAGCUCUGGCGUCUCCUGUGGCAGGAGCACAACCCAGAGAACGAGAGCGACUUCUCCUUGGCUCUGCAGGAAUGGGAGGCAGACGUGGACCGCUACGCCUCCGAGUAUGGCGCAGGGCGCGCCCUAGCAGACGAAGAUCUGCGGGCAGUGCUGGUGACCGAGAGCCCCAACGCUCUCCGGCAACACCUCGCUAUGCACGCGGCGAGUCUUUCGACUUAUGCCGAGGUGAGGGAAGUAGUGGUGAGCUACUUGCAAGCCAAAAGGGUCUGGACCCCGAGUGCGGGCUACGCCGCCUCUUCCCGAAGGGACCCUAACGCCAUGGACAUUGGCAGAAUAGGGGACCGAGACGGAAAAGAAGGGAAGGGCAAAGGCGACAAAGGCAAGAAAGGGGACAAGGACCACAAAAAGGGCAAGGGCGACCACGACCACAAAGGCAAGAAAGGGGACAAAAAGGGGGAAAAGGCAAAGGCACCAAGGGCCGACGACGCGGCCACGACGGUGUCAACAGCCUCCUUGGCGACUGCGGGUCCCUCCGCGUCCCAAGCUGGAGGAAGCACCGGCGGCUCUGGCGGCAAAGGCCAGGUACGCCAGGUGCGUGACGACCGCAUCUUAGGUGUGCGGUUUGCCCCGCCUCACGACACCGAACCAGAGGAGGACAAAAUCCUCAAGGUGUCGGGGAGUCUUCUCGUGGACUCCGGGGCGUGUGUGUCCGUGUGCAGGCCCGAGGCGUUUCCCGACCUGCAGCCCGCGGGCCCACCAAAGAGCCUUUACUCGGUGGACAACAGCCGCCUGAAAACAAAGGGCCGUGUCCAGCCGAGCCUCCUCUUAGGGGAGGAACGCGCCGAGCACGAGCUCACUCACACGCCCUACCAGGCGUGGUGCGAGAAGUGCGUGGAGGGAAAGGCGCGCGAGGACCCUCACCGCCGCCGUGAGCCCUCGGAUGAUCCGGUGACGCCGCUUGUCACCAUGGAUUAUCAGUUCUACAGCCGGGACGGGAAAGAAGUUGAGGAAGAAGCAUCGCUUGCCACGGUGCUGAACCUCACAGACAGGGCCACUGGCUGGACUCUGUCGGUUCCCGUGGCGCACAAAGGGCACAGACACGCGGCCUACGCCGCAGGGCUUGUGGAGCAGUUCGUGGAUCGCCUGGGGUACGACAAGUUUACCCUACAGGCCGACCAGGAGAAUGCCAUAGCCUCUGUGGCCCGUGCGGUCCACCGCCGGCUAGGUGAGGUUCGCACUUGGCUUUCGCAGCUAAGAGCGGACUACCCCGCCUUAGAGUGGGACACCUCGUCCAACCUGUUCCCGUGGCUGGUCAGGCACGUGGCCUGGCUGCAAGCCCGGCCCGGGAACAAAGCGCAAGUGCGCUGGGUCAAAGGGGUCUGGGCCGGCAAGCUGGAGCGCGACGACUCCCAUGUGGUGCUGACCGAAGCGGGCGCACUCAACGUGAGGAGUGUCAGAUUUGGCCGCUCAGCGCCAGCAGAGCGCAGCGAGCCGAUGAUGGUUCCAAUCCCUCUGGCCACGCCGGCCGAGGAAACGGAGCGGCUAGAACCGCCCGGCGAGCCCUGGCUCUUCAGCGACGGGCCGCGGCCCGACGCCGAGGCCCUCUUAGUCGAAGGGGCCGAGCAGGCCAGCAGGCUCCCGGACGCCAGCCCUACCAAGGAGCUGGCCAACGCAGAAAUACCGGACUACGAGCCGUCCGACGUGGAGGCAGGACCUUCCGCAGCAAGCGCGCUGCCGCAACAAGCGGCAAGCCCCGCCCCAGCCGCCAACGACGGCUCAGGCGAAGGGGGGCAGAAGCGCGACUCUGCGGGUUCCUCCGCGAGCGCAGCGGCAGCACAGCAGCCGCCUGCAGCUAAGAGCCGGGUGGAGCCCAAGAAAGCACCGCGGCUAGGAGCGCUCACAGAGCGCGAGGUGUGGCAGCACAUCGCUGCCUUGGCCGACCCACCGCUCACCAACCACAAGGGCGAGCGGGACGCGUGGGUUGGGCAGGUGACAGACCUGCUAGACCGGAUGCUCGACCCCAAGCAGGUCGAGCAGGCACGCAAGGAGCAGCUAAGAAAGCUGUGGGACCGAGGCGCUUUCACGCCUGUGCUGCGGUCUGAAGUACCGCGCGGGGCGCAGCUGUUCAGGGCAAAGUGGGUCGACAAGUGCGACAAAGGACGGUACAAGUCAAGGUGUACCUGUGCCGACGUCAAGGCCCGCUACAGCCCAGAACAGGAAGCUGGCUUGGACGUUUUCGUCCCAACGCCAACGCCCGAGAGUCACUCCCUACUUGAGGUAGCAGCGCUACACAACGAGGGGUGGGUCACAAGGUCUUUGGAUAUUGUGGCCGCCUUCCUCAUAGGGAAGGACCGCGGUGCGGCGGAAGGCCGCCCGGUCUACAUGCAUGCGCCUGUGGAGUGGCGCGAGCUCUUUGACCAAUGGGUCUUGGAGCAGCCUGCAAAGGACCAGCAGUGGUACCGAGACCACUUCCGGGACUUUGUGUUCCGAGUGGACGGCAACCUUUACGGCCGAAGAACGGCUGGUUCCGUCUACAGGGACGAGCUGGAAGAAGUCCUCACCGGCAAGCUGGCCAAGGACUACGACUUCCAGCGGGGCCCCAAGGCCGCAGUGCUGAAGUUCACGGAGGUGGACCUUCCGACGCACUGUGAGAUAACGGUGGGAGAACUGGAAGAGCCGGGCACCGCGGUGGAGGUCCUGGGAAGGACCAAGGUGCGCACAGAGGACUCAAUCCUCACGCUGUCGGCGGACAGGCGAGACAUACAGUUCGCCGUGAAAGAGCUGGCGCGAAGCAUGCAGAACCCCAGGGUCUGCGACUGGCUCGCUGCGGAAACCCUCGCGCGAUACCUGCGGGCAACCCCGCGGUUUGGAAGGGUAGUUGUGCUGGACCCCGCGUCCAAGAGCACAGCUCUUCUGAACUUGGAGGUCUACUCCGACUCCGACUGGGCAGGGUGCCCAGAAACGAGAAGGAGCACAGACAACAUAGUUGCCUCUCUUGGGGGAGCAGUCAUCCAGACAAGCUGCCAGACACAGCCCGGCCUCCCAGCCACCUCCAGCGGAGACGCGGAGAUCCGGGGAGUGUCGCGAGCAGCAAGGGAGGCCGUCUUCCUACGAGAGCUUGCGGAGAAAGACUUCGCCCUAGCCUGCGGCCUGCUGCGGCUCUGGGCAGACUCCGCAGCCUCGAUCGGAGCCGCCAAGCGCAUAGGACCAGGGUCUAAGUUGAGACACCUGGAAGUCGCGGAAUUCUUCGUUCAAGGCGCGCUCAGAGCCAAACUUCUUGAACUGAGAAAAGUUAAGGGAACCGAAAAUCCGGCAAACUUCGCUACCAAGCACGCGAAGACUGGACCGGAGGUGCGGCAAUCCCUGCCCUCUAUGGGCAUGGUGGACCUCGAUGCGGUCGCAGGCGCCACCGAGGCUCUGGCCCAAAAGGGCACGAUCAAAUCGAUCCAGGCAAGCCCCUGGAAAAUGAGACCGCCGACCAAGCUUGCAAGCUCGGCGCUCAUGGCCACAAUCGUGGCGCUGCAGGUUCGACCUGCCAAGGCCCAAGGGCACGACUUCGCAGAGCUGGUGCUCGGCUUCGCGGCCCUAGGCUUCCUGGCCUUCCUGUGGAUGCUUUGGGGUUUAGUCUCCUGGCUCUGCAGGUGCAGGCAGGAGCCGGAGCCCGAGGAAGAGAUCGAGCACCACGCCGAGCGUGCCGAAGAGCCGCCGCGUGCAGCCCGAAGGGCCACGGAGGUCUGGCUAGGGCCAGAAGCGCCGCAAGAGGCGCAAGAGGAAAGGAGGGGGGCUCAGGAGCCAGAACCUGAGGGUGAGCGGACUCCAGGUCCGCCCCCUGCGGCAGCUCCUCCACCACCGCCGCCCGCUGCACCGAGGGUGCGGCGCAGGCGUAGGGGACCGGAACCCCUGUCCGGGGACGACGAGCAUCUCUACGAGACAGCCCGUGGUGACAAGAUCCACCUAUUCACCAAGUGUAAUGGGCUGAGCUCUGUCCCAGCGGAUCAAAUCCUGAUCGGCUUUCGCUGCCACUGUGCAGCAGAUCCUCAGAACACCGAGUUCCUCUGGACCGGGUUCGCCUUUCAAGUGGCCACCGGCCGCGUCGUGCGCCGGUACCAUGGCCAACAGCGAGGUUGCCCAUUCAUGGAAGGGGCAACGAUCAGACACAGGGUGUGUCUCCACUGCCGCAACGGGCACCAGAGCACCAAGCCCGGCAGUGCGGUGAACAACUCCCGCCAGUGGGUGCCUCCACCGUAA